CGCAGUCCGCACGAACAUCCAGUUGGUCCUGGCGGAGGAUCAGAACAGAAUCCCGAGUCCUGGGCAACUUCCAGCGGAGAGGGGAAUCCCAUCUUCUCCGCCUGGCCUGCAACUGGAAUGGGAAGCGAAUUCACAGACUUGACAGAUGGCAGGUGUACUGGUGCCCGCCGCCGCACCAACCGCGCGGGCGCGGCGCAGCCUUUCCGGGAGUAGUUGUUGGCGCCAGUGGGGAUCGGAUGGAGAACGCAACGCGCCACAGCUACAAGAAGGCGGCCGCGGCCGGGACACCAAACUGAGGUCACACCACCACACCAACCCCCCCGACUCCGCGCGCGUAUCCAUCCCAUCCAUCUUCCAUCCCCCACGGUUUUAGUUGCUGCCCCGAGUCUCCCUCGCCUCUACGAUCGGCGGCGGCGGCAGCAUGGCCCGCGAGGCCCACUUCGGCGGGGACGACGCGGCGGCAGCGGCGGCGGCCAAGGACAAGAACGCCGAAGCCGACGCCGGCGCCGCGUCGGCGGCCACGGCCGCGCCGGGCGGUGGGCACAAGAAGCUGUCCCUGGUGCCGCUCAUCUUCCUCAUCUUCUUCGAGGUGGCGGGUGGCCCCUACGGCGCGGAGCCCGCGGUGCAGUCGGCGGGCCCGCUCUACGCGCUGCUGGGCUUCCUCGUCUUCCCCUUCAUCUGGGCCAUCCCGGAGGCGCUCGUCACCGCCGAGCUCUCCACCGCCAUGCCGGGCAACGGGGGGUUCGUCCUCUGGGCCGACCGCGCCUUCGGCCCCUUCUCGGGCUCCCUCAUGGGCACCUGGAAGUACGUGUCCGGGGCCAUCAACGGCGCCGCCUUCCCGGCCCUCUGCGCCGACUACCUCGCCCGUGUCGUGCCCGCCGUCUCCGGAGGCGGGCCCCGGACCGCCACCAUCGUCGCCUUCAACGUCGCGCUCACGGUGGUCAACUACACGGGGCUCACUGUCGUGGGGUGGUCCGCCGUCGGGCUGGGCGUCGCGUCGCUCUCGCCGUUCCUGCUCAUGUCCGGCGUCGCGCUGCCCAAGAUCCGGCCCCGGCGGUGGGGCGGCGUGGCGCCCGAGAAGGACUGGAAGCUCUUCUUCAACACGCUCUUCUGGAACCUCAACUACUGGGACAGCGUCAGCACCAUGGCCGGCGAGGUGGAGCGCCCCGGGAAGACGCUGCCCAAGGCGCUCGUCUCCGCCGUCGCCAUGACAUCGCUCGGGUACCUGCUGCCGCUCAUGGCCGCCACGGGCGCCAUCGACGUCGCGCCGGAGGACUGGGGGAACGGAUUCUUCGCGGACGCCGCAGGCAUGAUCGCGGGCAGGUGGCUCAAGUACUGGAUCGAGGUGGGCGCGGUGCUGUCCUCCAUCGGCCUCUACUCGGCGACGCUGAGCAGCGCGGCGUUCCAGCUGCUGGGCAUGGCGGACCUUGGCCUCCUCCCGUCCGCCUUCGCGACGCGCGCCCCGGUCUUCAACACGCCCUGGGUCAGCAUCGUGACCACCAGCGCCAUCACCCUGGGCAUGUCCUUCUUCAGCUUCAACAACAUCGUGGCCGCCGCAAACUUCCUCUACAGCCUCGGCAUGCUCCUUGAGUUCGCCGCCUUCAUCUGGCUCCGCAUCAAGCGGCCGGACCUGUCCCGGCCGUACCGCGUGCCGGCCCGCCUCCCCGGCGCCGUGGCGCUGUGCCUCGUGCCGUCGGCGUUCCUCGUCUUCGUCAUGGCCAUCGCCGGCUGGAAGGUGUACGCCAUCAGCGCCGCGUUCACGGCCGCCGGGGUCGGGGUGUACUACCUCAUGCGGUUCUGCAAGGAACGGGGGUGCCUCAGGUUCAGCGACGGUGGCGACGAGGGGGCGGCGGCGGCGUACCACCAGCGCCAGGGCAGCAGGAACGGUGAUGUCUGACGACAUCAUCAAUCGUACUGACAUCUACACCCUGUUCUUUUUUGGUGCCUGCAGCUCGAUCCGGCGUUGCUGCGAUGUGUAAUGAUUGUACUGGGGUCGUGCUCGUGCAAAAAUGCAUAGGAAUUUCCGGAUCUGUAGCAAGGUCUUUUCAGGGUUUGGCUGGCUGGCAUUGCUGAC